AUGGAUACUCAAGUGCAUUUAAACCGGACAAGACUAUCUAUAUUGUCUCUUCCCAGAGACAAGCAUUGGCUCUUUAUAGGUCUGAUUCUAAGACUUCUUCAUCAGUCCACACAGGGGAAAACCAGCGAGUAUAGUGGAUAUUCUGAUUAUGAAGAUGCAUACAGAUAUGAAAGGACUACCAAUCAUUAUGAAAGUGAGUCUAGUUGGUCUCCAAUAUCUGCUAACACCAGGAUUCUUCUGACACCUUCAUCAGACGGUCUGGAAAGAAUGGUUGACAAUUUGACAAAAGUCGUUACAUCUGACAGUCUGUCCGGGCUGUCCAGACUGUCAGAUGAUAUCAAUAGCCCUCAGUAUGACAGUGAUGAUGAUGAUGAAGAGAGCUAUUUUUUUCAUGUUGCAUAUACUCCAAGUGAAUGUACUGUCAUUUGCUCUACCAUACUCAUGAAUUCGUUAUUUGAGGAGCCUUUGAAAAUAUGCAAAGAACUAAACUAUAAUGAUGUAAAGUUAUUAGAGGAGACAUUCUUGAAUCUUCAAGUUGAUAGUGAUGGAAGUCUUGAUAAAAGUGCAAGAAUAAUAGAGUUAACCAAGCCCUUAUCUGAAAACAAAAUUUCAUUAUUCUUCAUUUCCAGUCAUUUCAGUGACAUAGUCCUUAUUCCAUAUUUGCUCAAGGACAAAGUGAUCAACAUCUUGACGAAGAAAAAUUUUCAAUUUUCUGAUAUUUCCAAUAGCUACAUUAUGCAUAAAAAUUCUUCAGAGCCUGACACCCUGGAUCAUGAAGAGAACGAUAAGGAAGAAGAAUCUACCAAAAAACUCGAUCAAGAUGCAUUCAAACUAUUCAAGGAUGCAGAUAUAGAGCCUAGAAUAAGUAAUUCUAUAAAAUUAUUACUUACGGGCGCUAGGACUGGUGAAGUGAACAAUACUAUUGAAAAAACGACAAAAGUAAUAUCAGCAAACUUGAUUCCACUCUACUUUGCAAUUACUAGGACUGCAUUAAAUGAGGUAUCGUUAGUUUUGCCCAAAUCAACCAAAAAGAGAUCUAUUCUAGGCUUUGAUAGUCGCAGCAUUAUAGGAUCCACUCAAGACAUAAUUAUACCAAUUACUAUAGACUUUUCGAAACUUCCUUUAAAUGCUACUGGUAUUGUUGCUGGCUUAGCAAGUCGUAUAAUAAAUGGUAUAAAACUGUUUCCAGAUCUUAUUAACUAUCCAUUUGAAAUGAAUUACUUUUCCAUGGCUAGAUCAGCUGUGAUAAUGAUACCUGAGGAAAACAUUGAGGUUGUGAGCAAAGUAUUGGAUAACUUGGAUCACGAUCCCUUAAAAAAUGACGAAAUUUGUAUGAAUAAAUUAAUUAUAUAA